AUGUGUGUUAAUAGAAUUUUUCGAUCUAUUUGGAAUGGUUUAUUAUCACUUUGUGUCACAAACAGUUUGCCCGAAGUGAAUCCGUUGACAAAGGAAGAGAACAAAUUAUUGGUGGACAAUUGGCUAAAAUUAAAAGAAAAAAAUCCUGAUUUAUUCCUAAGAGCAUGGAUAAAAUCAGCACGUAUGAGUGUCAAUAUUAAAAAAGCAACCGGUUUACGAGAGGAUGAAGAUCCGGAAACUAACGAAAGAUUCAUUUCACUAUCACCGUAUAUUGAAGAUUUCGUUGACAAACUUAUUGUCGAAUUUCGUUGUAAUGGUAAUGAAGUAGCAGAAGCAUGCCGCAAGCUUGGUGCCAGACAUGUACUUAUUGAAAAUUUUCAUACCAAUUUCUGGGAUAUAUUUCUGGGCAAUUUAAUUCAAAUUAUCAUAGAAACACAUAUGGAACGAGAACAACGAGAAAUUGUUGCAAUUUGCGAGAAAUUUUUUGCUUUUUUUGUCAAUUUUAUGCGUGAUGGAUAUAAAAAACGAGUGCAAGAGCAAAUAAGUGGUCGUAGACGCAUGAAUGCUUAA